AUGUAUGUGCCUCCCCAUGAGCACCAAAAGCCAAAGGAUUCGGAAGGUGGCCGGUCGGAGGAUAUGCUUUCUUGUAUCCUCCAAAGCUCUAGUUAUGGAAAGUCCGCAUUUGGUAUUAAUCAGAAAGGAAGUAGAAUAGCAUCAUACAUUGCAACUCCAGAUAUAGAUAACAUAUUUCUCGAUGGUGGAGGAAUUCAAUCCAUUUGUGGAAUGCAGACUUACCAACAUAAAAGCCAGGAGGAGUUAAGGUUUGAGGACUACCAGUUAGGUGAUAAAGGUCAGAAAUGUGGUUCUUCAUUUGGUGUUUCCGGCACACAGGGGUUUGGUGUCAUCGACAAAACGAGGCCUUUCAUAUCACCAAUAUUUAACCAAUCAACUGUUAAUCAACCUGUUUAUUCCCAUUUUCCCAGUACAUUUGCAGUGGAAAGAGCAGGGAUUGACUCUCUAUCAAAUGAAAAUUCUACCCCAUUUUCGAAGCCACUGCAGCAGUCCAUUUCCCAUAUAUUCCCCCCAAACACAUCAUUGUUAAACUCUUGUGGCACUGGAAGUAGAGUGCAAUCUACUGCUUCAACUGUUUCUUUUUCUCCAUGGAUCCAUUCAAGUCCGUUUGCACCUUUUAAUCCAGCUUCCAGUUCUUCCACUACCUCCACCUUUUCUCCAUCAAGGAAUCCGUGGUCUUUAUCAACAUCUACCCCUCUAUCUCCAUGUUCAGUUUCACCUUCUACAUAUCCUUUGUUAGCAAAACCAUCAGGCCCUGAUUUUGAUCAAAAGAACUAUUUUCCUCCCACACCUGUUUUAACUACAGGUGGCGCUCCACAAUCCACAUUUUGCUUGAACUGCCUAAAGCAGUCACAGCCUACUCCACCAGGACUUUCUAAUGUUUCAAGCACUCCGCUUGCGACGAGUCAAAAUACUCCUCUGUUCUCUGUUCCUCUGCAGCCAGAAAUGACUCCUAAAGUUGGAGCAACACUUCCAACAACCAAGUCUUCUCACCCAUCAACAGGUGCUAGUUGCUCAGAAAUUGGACAAGGAGUUGGUCAGCAGCCAAGUGUCAAUGGCCAACAGUCUUACUUUCCGAGAAUCAUGGAAGUCAAGCCAUCACCAAUUAUGCCUCCUGCUGAAACACAACCUUCAGUCCAAAUCUCAGUUGAGCACCCGUAUUUGGAAACAUCCAUCCAGUAUGGAAUUUCUAGUUUACCUGUUUCUAACAACCCUGCACCGUUGAUAAUUCGACAUUCAUCUCUAAGUCACCAUAGGUUGCCACCUCAGGAAUACAAACCUACAAGUGAUAAACCAAAGAUACUCUUUGUCAUGGAUAAAGAAAACGCUUCUGGUGUACUAAGGACAGAAGUCAUCAUCAUUCCAAGGGACCGGGUUCGUCCUACCGCAGAAUCUCCACUGGGGGCUGAUUCAUCUAUGGACAGGAUGCAUGACGGAGACAAAGUUGGUGACAAGCCCAAGUUAGAGCCUGAAGAGAUGCAUCAUGAUAAUUGUGGCAAUGAUAAGGAUGUGGAUGGCAUUAUGCCAAAGCUUCAACGUGCUGAUUACUACACCGUUCCUCCUAUGGAGGAGUUGCUAUCCAAGGAGAAGGAAGAAGCUGAUUUUUGUUGCCACGUAAAGGACUUUGUGGUAGGAAGAUAUGGGUAUGGAAGCAUCAAGUUCUUGGGAGAAACAGAUGUCCGGAAGCUUGACCUUGAUUCUGCUGUCCAGUUCAAUCAUCGUGAGGUGGUCAUCUAUAUGGAUGAGAGCAAGAAGCCUCCAGUUGGACAAGGCCUCAACAAGCCAGCUGAGAUAACUCUCCUUAAUGUCAGAUGCAUCAACAAAUCGACUGGUAAGGAGUACAGAGAUAUGCUUAUUAAGAAAGCAGUAGAGCUUGAUGCAGAAUUUGUUUCUUAUGAUCCAGUGGAAGGGCAGUGGAAAUUUAGGGUGUCACACUUGUAAUCGUGAGUUCAAAUUUUCUUGGUUGGUUUUGUGACAUAACCAAAUAUUUGAAUUGUAAAGAUGUCUUCCUGCUGAUACUUUUUUACAAUUUGCUCACUUUGAUUUAGUCCCACUAGAACUCCCACUUUUUUUAUGCACCCCGUUGAUCCAAAGUUGUUAUUACUGAAUUUCUUUCAAAGUUUACUCAUAUUGUGGAUCUCUCGCAAAGUUUUCUGGUUUGAGCUCUCGGUUGUGGUAAGUUAUAUCUCCUCCAAGUAACCUUUCUU